AAAGCAGAUUACAUUGCACCGCACACACAACAUGGCGAACCCACCAACAGACAACGGUUAUCUAGAUAUCGCCGAUCUACUGGAGUCUGAAGAGCUGAAGGCCAAGGAGAAGAUUGCCCAGCAGAAGGCCGAAGCAAAUGGCAAUGCGAACGCCGACCACCAUAUGGGUGGCACCUCGCCAGACGUCGCGCCUUCGCCAGCAAACUCACUCGACCUGCCCUUCCGUCCGAGUAGCAGACACACCGAUAGCGGCCUCCAGCGCCGAAGCGACGCAGACCGCGACUUUAUGAGUAGCGGCAGGUAUUUGACGCAUCGAGAGCUCGAGGACGAACGUCGUACACGACGCUACGGAAGAUGUAUAGUUACGGAUGACGAGUCGGACAAGCAUAGCGCCAAUGGCAGUGUCCGUAGUCGGCGUCGGAGUCGAUCCCCAAGGAACGAGGGACGUCGAGGACACCGCUCGCGCGACCGGGCCGACGACCACUACUAUAUACAACGUGAUAGUAGAGGCCGCGGCCCUCGUUUCGAAAACGACUCCUACCGCCCAGGUGGAGACCGCGACCGCCGCGCCGGCCGCUCUCGCUCCCCGCUCCGACCUCGCGGAGGUCGCGACGACAGAGAUCGCCGAGGCCGCGACUACCAUGGGUCGCAAUCAGAUCGUCGCCACAGCUACCGCGGCGGGGAUGGAGGUAACAAGCGCAAGACACCAGAGCCGACUGAUGACGAACGUGACAGACGCACGGUGUUCGUGCAGCAAUUGGCUGCACGACUCCGAUCCAGAGAACUUAGGGAUUUCUUUGAGCAGGUUGGUCCGGUUGUUGAUGCUCAGAUUGUGAAGGACCGAGUCAGUGGACGCUCCAAAGGUGUUGGAUAUGUUGAGUUCAAAGACGAAGAAUCCGUGCAGAAGGCCAUUGGACUUACAGGACAGAAACUCCUCGGCAUUCCCAUCAUCGCCCAACUCACUGAAGCAGAGAAGAAUCGCCAGGCCCGCACUACCGAGGGCACUGCAACUCAGUCGAACGGUGUUCCAUUCCAUCGACUGUAUGUGGGCAAUAUCCACUUCUCCAUCACUGAAGCAGACCUUAAGAACGUCUUCGAGCCGUUUGGCGAGCUGGAGUUUGCUCAGCUGCAGAAGGAGGAAAAUGGUCGCUCCAAGGGUUACGGCUUUGUCCAGUUUAUUGAUCCGGCACAGGCUAAAGAGGCCCUUGAAAAGAUGAACGGCUUCGAGCUUGCUGGUCGCCCGAUUCGCGUUGGACUUGGCAACGACAAAUUCACCACUGAGUCCACACAGACACUGCUGGUGAAAUUUGGUUCGCACACUCCCUCUGCGCAAAAAGGUUCCCAGUUUAGUGGUCUGGGCGGACGUGGUGCGCACGCUGGCGGUACGGGCAAUUUCGAUCGACCAGCCGCAGCUCGCGAUGUCGACAAGACCGGUGGUGCAUCGGCUCUCGAUGAUACCGAUGUUGGCGGCGUCGAUUUCCACAACUACAGUCGCGAAAAACUCAUGAAGCAGCUUGCGCGCACUGACGAGCCUGAGCAAAAGAUUGCGCCCAAGACACAGGUUAAGAAGCCAGCAACCUUCGAGCAGCCUUCUGCCUCUCGAUGUGUCUUGAUCAAGAACAUGUAUAAUCAGAACGAGGAGUCUGAGCCAGGUUGGCAGAAGGAACUCAAAGACGACGUCAAGUCUGAAUGUGAGGAGAAGUAUGGCAAAGUGGUUCACAUUGACCUUGCUCUCGACAACAACGAUGGUGAAGUCUACGUCAAGUUCGAUCGCGUCCAGGGCGGCGAGAACGCCUUCAAGGGCCUCAAUGGUCGUUGGUUCGCCGGCCGCAUGAUCACUGCACAGUAUGUAGUCGACGCGGUCUACACCAUGAACUUCCCAAAGGCGGCCAACGUCUGAGGUAGGUACUAGUCACGGUAUUUUGGGGUCAAUGCUCGAAGGUGGGCAUGGCGCAACAGCACAGCAGGACAUGACAAAAUGUUCGAGGUUUUUUUCGUUGCAGGCUUUGGCAACUGGGGCGUUCAACGUCUGGGCAGCUAGACGGGUGUGGCUGCGGC